AGUCGCUGCGUGUGUACCGGGAUUAACGUAGUGUUUGAAUUCUCUUUGUAUAUAUUUACCAAAUAUUACUUUAUCCUUGAUGUCGAUGAACGUGUAUUUUGUUAAAAUAAUAAAAUAUACCUAAACUGUUUUAAUUAUUAUUUUAUUCGUAAACUAGAUGGAUUUCGAUAUUUCCUUUAUAAGUACUUCGGUUAAAUAAGUACUCUGAAUUUUUGCAGUGUUAAAGAAAAAUGGAAUCUCUUGUGCUAUUACAAUCUCCGGCACCUAAAUUAGAAGAUAUUCAAAGAAAAAUAUUUUCAACGGAAUCAAAAGAUUUUUUGACCAAACUGCACAGGGAAUUUGAUAAGGCGAUAGUGGAGCUAUACAAUAACAGAACUCGUCGAAGAGUUGAACUGAAAUCCUUUCAGAAUUUAAGAAAAUGUAACAUUGGUAACAGUGAUUCGUGGAAAAUUUCGCCUUUACCAUCUAGACUCCAGAAUCGUCAUCUAGAUUUAGGUGAUGUAUCAGCUUCAAACACAGCUCAUUUUGUAAAUGCUCUCAACUCUGAAGUUCAGGGAAUUCAAGUAGAUUUUGAUGAUGGACAUUGCCCUACAUGGAGAAACCAACUAUUAGCAUUUAAUAAUAUUAAUUUGGUAGUAAAUGGAAAACUUGCUGGUGCGCCCAUUAGUAUCACAACUUGCCCAGUCUUAAUGCUGAGGCCUAGAGCAUGGAACAUGAUUGAACAUGAUAUUUUAAUUGAUGGGAAGGAACCAGCAGGAGCUCUAAUAGAUUUUGGAUUGCUGAUGUAUCACAAUGCGAAAAAGCUCUAUGAAGCAAAUAGUGGUCCCUAUUUUUAUUUAUCAAAGUUGGAAGGUGCAUCUGAGGCAAAGUUAUGGAAUGAUAUUUUUGUCUGGACACAAAAAGAGCUUGGCUUACCUCUAGGAAUAAUUAAAGCAUGUGUUUUGAUUGAGAACAUAUUGUCUACUUUUGAACUGGAACAAAUAUUGUAUGAGCUUAGGGAACACUCUCUAGGUCUAAAUUGUGGAAUAUGGGAUUACUGUGCCUCCAUUAUUGCCAAGUUUGGUGACAAAAAAGAGUUUCUAUUGCCUGAUAGAAACAAAUACGUGAAUAUGGAGAGGACAUUUCUGAAGAGUUACAUGAAACUGGUGAUCAAAACAUGCCACAAUCACAAUGCUCCAGCCACAGGGGGAAUGGCUGCUGCUAUGUUGAAUCCCAACACACAAGGAAAUGAUACAGGCACGAAGAAUGUUGUGAACAAAGUAUUGGAAGCUAAAUUAAGAGAAAUAGAAAUGGGCAUCGACGGGUUCAUGGUGUAUGAUACAAGACUGGUGCCGCAUGUCAAUGAGCUCUGGAAGAAAAGCAGUACAACGCCAAAUCAAAUAGAUCGAAAAUUGACCGAUGUAAUUACCGCGCAGGAACUGUUGACGAUACCCAGCGGCGGAGUGACGCUCCAAGGUCUGAAGCACAACGUGGCUGUCUCCAUACUGUUCAUAUACUACUGGCUGGCUGGAGUCGGUCACUUCUUCUAUAGUGGUAACGUGGAAGACUCCGCCACCGCCGAGAUUUCGAGGGCACAAGUAUGGCAGUGGAUCAGAUUUUCGGUGCCGCUCGAGGACGAUCCCAGUAAAGUGGUAUCAGUGAAGCUGGUUAAGAAGACCGCGGCCGACUUCAUCUCUCACGCACACAAGAGUGUGUGUCGCUCCACCGCUGAACGCAAGAGACUCUCGGCCGCGCACCACAUGGGCCUGGAGCUGUUCCUGGCGCGGGAGCCGCCGGAGUUCAUCACGACCUACCUCAGUGACAGCCAUAAGUUUAGAACCUUGCAUAACAAGGCGCUUCUGAGUAACUUGUAGGAACACACGAUAAAUAUAAAUAAAUUACAGAAAGGACUCGACUGACUCUACCCCGGCUGUGACCUCGUAACCCGUAGACGACUAGUAACACGACACAUUAGGUACACAGAUGUUGUAUAAAACUACUGUCAUUUUUUUCAUACAGCUCAUUCGGAAGGCAGUUUUCCUCAAAGAAGAAUGAGCAAGAAACCAUAAGGUUGCUCUUUUCAAAACAGAUUAGGUGUUACGAGUUCUUAUUUUUAACGCAAUUUACAAAUCAUUUCAAUUGCAAUAUAUGCAAAGUGACACACAAAAAUACUCAAACAUCAAAAACAGAAAGUCUUAGGGCUGUUUACAAUAUUCAGUUUAUCUCCGGUUCUGGCCUACUUGAGAUAAAAAUCGUAACUAUCGUUGACUUUUCUGUCCCAAUAAACUUAUCGACGGAAACUCACAAUAUCCGUACAUGCUGUCUGUCAUUGGGAAGACGUAUAAUAUUAGCUUACGAGCGAUAAAAGUAAGGCGAUAAGAAUGACUUAUUGGGUAUAUUGGGACAGCUUCAGAUUAUUGACAGCUAAUUACUGACAAUAGAAAGUACUAAUUUAUCUCUUUCUGUAGAUAGUAUAUUGGGAACGGCCGUAAAAAAGUAAAUUAAUAAUUAUAAACACAGGAGUUAUUGAGUGCAGUAGAUCCAUCAAUCAAUAAAGGCACAGUAGCCAGUAGCAAUCCUUUACGACAUGUCGUGAUCAUUAUCUGACCAAUUACGAUGUGUUGUGAUCGUUACCGGACCAAUGAGCGUUCAGAACCCCGCGAACUCCUCUCACCUCAGGUGGUUGAUUGUGUUGACAGUGAAUAUGGAGUCUACUGCGUUAUAUAGUUGAUGACUCCGAGUUACACUAUUUUUAAAACUCGUUGACUUGGCGUUUGUUCAUGACAACAUACUACGAACAAAAAUAAUAAUGGAAUCUUUGAAUUUUUUUUUAGAUUUUAUGCAGCCCUGAUAACCUUAGUUUGCAAUUAUAAGAAUAAUUUAUUUAAAUCGAUCUUUUUACAAUGCAUUUGUCAAUCGAAAAAGAUCGAUUGUAUUGUAUUGCAUUGAAGCAAGCUUAUAUAUAAGUAUGAGUAAAUUAUGAUUGCCAUUGAAUCACCACACUAGUCGGAGACUGUGUCGUGGGAUCAAAUAAAGAUAUGAUUAACAGUAAACCAUUAUCUUGGUAGUCAUCAUUGGCAUUACUAUUACUAAUUUUGAAGACACUAUAUACAUACAACUGUAAAAUAAUAAUAAUUAUUCGUUUGUUUUAUCUAAUAUUUAAGGAAAUAUCAUUCUAAAUUAAUAUUUUCUUUAGUUUCCAUCUCUAAUCAAAAGCACAAUAUCUCUCUGUCACUCCCAUCUAAAGCGUUAGUUCGAUGUAUUACUGAUCCUAAUCGAAGAUUGGAGGGUAGCUAAAGAUUUUGAUUUACUAACGGUUUGUGGCCUAGAUAUUAUUUUUACAUUCCAAAUAUUGAACGUGAUACGUAAAUUAUAACUAUUCUUUGUUUGUUAUAUUAAUUAUUCCAAAGACGAAUUACCUGAGUAAACCAAAGUGUGACUAAAAUUAAGAUACAUUUAUUACUUUAAGAGAUUAUACCUUAUAUUAUUACUUGAUGUGCGUGACAUUCGCACGUUCUGACCCCGAAGUAAUCAUAAUAAUAAAAUAUUUUAUUAGCAGCUAAAAAUUUACCAAAAUACAAUAAUACUUACUUAAAAAUAAAUAUAAACAUAAUAAGCUAAAACUACAUUAACAUCAGCUGCAAAUAGUCACAAGCUCGGCAUAUGCUGACACACAUAUUAAGUAUGUCCAGCGCCGAUCUUCCGCUUGAGCCACUCUAAGUACUGUCCAUUGUGAAAAUUAUACUUUAAUUAGCAUCCGGUUCUCUCUUGAUGGUAUACUUCAGUAUCAAAUUGUCUUUGAGUCAUUGAGUCGGUUCAGUCUUAAUAAUUUCAUUCUAAUAUUGAAGUGUGCGAGCGAGAGAGACGAUGGGCAGAAUAUUUAAUGUUGAAUGACGUUAGACAUUACGUGGCAUGUACACACACACAGCGAGUCGAUUAAUAAAUAGGAACAGUGAAGUGUGUCUUGGUCUGACAGAUGUAGGAAUGUGUAGUAAAGAAAUAUUGUUAACAAACAAUAUAAUUAUAUUAGUAAUUGAUAGUUGUGAUACCGACGAUAGUUAUAUAAUACGUUAUGUAAGUGUUACAGCCUUAUUUUUGGGUUAUCUUUUAAGGUGGACUGUAUUGUAUAAUGUAUACACUCACCGGUACGCAUACUUGGCCUCACACGAAUAUUGCGAUAUUCAGUAUAUUUUAAUCUUCUUAAUUUUUUAAAGUCUAGAAAAGGUAACAAUGAGUUUUUACAUGUUUAGAAAAGUUUUAAUAAAAUAAACAAUUAUUAAAGUGAUUGACAUAACGUUUUUUGUUCCAAAAUAAUUGCGUACUACAACCUACUUGCCUAUUGCAACUUUUCCAUUCGCCUUCUGAUCGUUCUCUCGCUUACGUUAAUAUUUCUUACAAUUUGGAGUCGCUGUAAUAAGUAUCUCAACAGCUGUAAGACGGCGGUUUCUCAAUAAAUGGAUAAAAUGGUCAUCUCGAUCAGACGUGCACCUUAGACCCCAGUGGCCGGUGUCCGCGAGUAGCUUUCAGUUCAGAGGGGGACCGCGGAUUCUCGUCAGCCUUCUUGAAGAACUGCUUGACGAUCUUCUUGCCACCGCAUCGCGAAUCUUCUGGUUGUUUUGACAUCUCUCCUGCUUGCAUUCAGACCCAGUGCGUCGGAUAUGGCCCUGGUGUCAGAUUCUCUCAAUCCAAGGGUAGUUUUCCCACAAUGCUAGACAUGAUGCAGUCUCAGAUAUUCUUCUGGGUACCUGAGCUCUGGACUCUACUCCGUCUUUGUGUGACGUAUGUCCUUGAUAGCGUUUCAAGGCAUACCGCCCAGCAGUCACCUCACACUGAGUCAACCCCUGUCGGACCAGUGCUACAACUUGUGCGACCUGUUCUGGUUUUAAUGGCAUUUUUAAUUGUUGAUAAACACUUUGAAUGUUAAUCACAGCUCCGAAACCCGAAAUCCGAUUAAUUCACAACUGAAAUCCUUAUUGAAAAACACAAAAAUACUAAAUUUGUUGUUAAUAGCUCAAAUGACUCCCCUUGAAUAAAUUUAAAAAAAAUCUUGCAAACGCAACUUAAAUUUAAUGAAUUUCUCUUUCCCUUUGAGUUAUAAGUUGUUAACCUACCUUCAUAAAUAACAAUCCUUGAAAACAGUUACAAUUGUUGUUAUCCUGAAAUUAGUGCUUCUCCAAGAAUCCGUUUCGCUGAGUGGAUUAAUUGUUCAUAUAUUAUUAUUAUAGUUUAUAUCUACUAUUAGUGGGUAACUUACGUAAAUUAAAAUGUUACAAAUAUAA